GCAAGUGAUUGUUUCUUUGAAGGACGGAAUAUAUUGAACAGCAUAUGCAAGAUUCACUCGGAAUUAAAUAAGUAACAAUGGAUUCAUAUUUGCGUACCGGAAAUGAUGAAUCAGAGAAGUGUGAAUCAGUAUCUUCUGCAAGCAAACCUACUUUCGAUUUCACCGAAAGAACAUGGAAAGAAGAUUUCACUUUAAUUGUAGAGGACAAGAAACUUUAUGUAACGAAGGCGUUACUUGCACUCGUGUCUCCAGUGUUUGAGAAAAUGUUCCAGUCCGACUUUAAAGAGAAAGAUCAAACCGAGAUGGAACUUCCAGGGAAGAAAUUUGAUGACAUGCAAGAUUUUCUUAGAUGUAUCUACCCUAGUAUAACGUCAGGUAUAUCUGAACAGAACGUUUACAAAGUACUUCCGUUAGCAGACGAAUAUCAAGUGUCUUGUCUGAAAACCAAAUGCGAGAUAUUUCUUAUUAACAGGCUUGAAGAACUGUCCACUGAUGAACUAUAUGACAUGUUGCAGCAUGCAACCACUUACAACUUGGAUGGUUUACUUGAGAAAUGCAUAACAAAAAUAUCCUAUGGAACAGUCGCGGAUCUUGACAUUGCAAUUGAGAGGUCGUCAGUUCCAUUGAAAACUAUAUGUGCGAUCCAAGAUAAAAUGGUAAGGCGUUUGGAAGAGACCGAAAAGGAGAAAAGAUGGUUUGAAGCUGCAUACAAAUUCCUUCUCUCCGGGCUUAAAGCAGCAGAAACACGCGAGAUCGAAGCAUGUGCGGGAUGGACUGGAGCAUCAUUAGAGUUAUCAUUGGUAGUAAAGGAGUUAAAGUACCAAGAUAUUUGGCAGUCAAGGGAAUUCAGAUUAUUAGGCAUGGAUGCAAAAUGCAGUGUAAAAAGGUAUAAUAGCUACAGCAAUUUACAGCUCCAGCUUUCGAUUGAUGAGAACAAAAUAGAUGGCUUUACUAUUUCGAUAGUAGGAAGAUUUGUGAUAAAAAAUGGCACAACAAAAAAUGAAAAUUUUACAAACACAUUCAAAAUGACUUUCAAAGACGGUAGUUCGACUCAAUUGCACUAUAUGUUUAACAAUGACAUACUUUUUAACGUGGCGGAAGGAUAUAUAUACCAGGGAAAAUUUGAAGCCGAAAUCCAUCUGCUUGCAGAAAUGCAUAAAAGCCAGUAACAGUCAUUUAUCUUUAAAUUUUGUCGCAGCAUUGUGCUUGUAGUACCAGAGAAAGUAAAGACAUGUUCAGGAGAUAGAAAAUCUAGCUGAUAUUUGAUAAUUGAAUAAUAACUAACAAGUUUGUUGUAAUUAAGAUUUGUUUUAAGGUAGAACACGACACUUUGCGAACUUUCAAGUAGCGUCUUGAAAUUUGGCAUGUGUAAAGUUGACCAUAUUUCAAACAAGAUGCAGUUUAUUUAAUACUAAUAGAGCCAACCAGUUUUUGUAAACGAGACGUCAAAGUUGACCACCAAUUCCGUUUUUGAAAAGUCUGACGUUGCCGCGUAUCCUUGGCAACUGUUACGGGUACUGCAACGGCAGCAGCCAACAAAUUUUCUUAAAUCAUACAUUAUUCGACGAGAAUUAUUUUUUCCUUUAUAGUGAUGUAAAAAUCAUUGUUUUACACCGACAAAUAUUUGAAAUAUGGAAAGAAAAUCGCCUUUUUUGACUUAAGAAAUAAUAAAUAUGUGCCUAUAUUUUAUCAGUUAAUAAAAUAUGGGCAGGAGUUCGGAUGCGUAAUAAUUAAAUCACGAGUGCGUAGCACGAGUGAUUAAAUAUUCGCAUCCGAACGACUAACUGAUAAAAUUAUUGGAACAUAUUUAUUAUUUCGAUUCUAACUACGCAUAUUCUUCGCAUUUUCCAGGACUACA